GCGAAGGUUGCCGAUGCCGUGGUCCUCCUCGUGCAUCGUUCGCUCCACGAAGUGGCCGCCUCUUCUUUCGGUAGCACGUGGCCGACUCGACGAACUCGCGACACUCGGCGACGGUCAUCCGCGAGCGGCACGACCUCGUCGAAGAGGCACCCUCGAAGCACGAGGGCAUCGGCUGAGAGGGGGGAAGGCGAGAGGCCUUCUGCGCUCCUCGAGGAUGCCGCCGCUUCCUCGUCGUCGGCGACGACGUGGAUGUACGCGCUUCUCGACGAGGGUGGAUUACUGUCAGAGAGCGGUGGUGUCGUGGAGAAUGACGUUGUGGUCGGCGAUGCCACCUGCGUGAGGAGCUGCGACCCCCAUCAACACCAACGGCAACAUCCCCCGCAUCGUCAUUACGGCCAAGAGCAGCCCCACCUCCGAGAGCACCAGCAGCAAUAUCAACAACGUCAGGAGGUGGAGCUGGAAGAUCUGCUGUGCUUUCGUGGACCACCGGAACAGGAGAUGGUGGCCCAAGAAAUGGCACAGAGUUACACGCAGCUCCUCCAUCCGAAUCAGGAGCCGCAGGAAUUCAUAUCCUUGGAGGAGUUACAGCCGCAUCUGCACCAGGAGCAUCACGUCCACGACAACCAUGGCCAGGUGGUGUCGACGAUGCCGUCGACGAACGCUCAACUCUACCAACACCAUCAUCAACAGCACCAGCAACGAAGUUACUAUAAUCUCUCGGCCGUCCAAGAAAAUUCCUGUUCCACGGUUUACUUCGGCGACAUAGGUACGGGCUCGGGGGUGGGAGAAGUAACCGCCGUCUCGGCGGGGGGUGGCAAAGGUCUCAGCCUGACUCCAACCCCCGCCAGCAACAGCAACAACACAACCACCGCCGCCCCCAGUACCACCGGCGUUACCACCAUUACCACCACCACCGACACCACCCCGCAGGUCGUAACGGGGGCUGAACCGCCCCAGCAUAUGGAGACACCCCCGACUAUGGUCCCCGACCAGGCACCCGCCUCCGGCCAUCACUACCACCGUCACCAUCAUCAUCGUCAUCAUCACCAACGCAGCGCAUCCUCCACCCCCAGCCAUGAGCCGACCACCACCGAUACCUCCGACGAAUUCGUCGCGGUUUCCAGAAAGCGGAAGCUCUCCUGCCACGACGGUAGUGACUUGUUGGACGACACGGGAGAUGAUGCCAAAUCUGUUCGCACAAACGAUGACAGUAAAAAACAGAAUCAUAGUGAGAUCGAAAAGAGAAGGAGAGACAAGAUGAACACUUACAUCACGGAGCUUUCAGCGAUGAUACCGAUGUGCCACGCGAUGUCUCGCAAACUCGAUAAGUUGACCGUAUUGAGAAUGGCGGUGCAACACUUGAAGACCAUCCUGGGUGCCGUUACCUCAUAUACGGAAGGUCACUAUAAGCCAGCAUUCCUCAGUGAUCAAGAGCUUAAAACGCUCAUACUUCAAGCCGCGGAGGGUUUUGUCUUCGUGGUGGGCUGUGAUCGCGGAAGAAUUCUUUACGUUUCCGAGUCUGUUUUGCAGACACUCAACUAUUCUCAGGGCGACCUGUUGGGUCAAAGUUGGUUCGAUAUCCUGCACCCUAAAGAUGUUGCCAAGGUGAAGGAACAGUUAUCUUCUUCGGAUCUCAGUCCACGUGAACGUUUAAUAGACGCCAAAACAAUGUUACCAGUGAAGACGGACGUACCACAAGGUGUAUCGAGACUCUGUCCAGGUGUUCGGAGGUCUUUUUUUUGUAGGAUGAAACGAAAAGUGGAAAGUGUUCGUUGUGGCAAGUUACAAGUAAAAGAGGAAGCUGACACUACCAGCGGCUGUCAUCGACGAAAAAAGCAACAAAACGUCGACUGGAAGUACUGUGUGAUUCAGUGCACUGGUUACCUAAAAUCUUGGGCACCAGCAAAAAUCGACCUCGAGGAACAGGAAGGUGACGGGGAUGGGGAUGUUUGCAAUUUAUCCUGUUUGGUAGCAGUCGGUCGUUUGCAGUCCACAAUACCUGCGUCCUUGCCUAAGAAGCCACGAUUAAGGCCUAUAAAAUUUAUUUCGCGACACGCAAUGGAUGGGAAAUUCCUAUUCGUUGAUCAAAGGGCUACCUUAGUAUUAGGUUUUCUACCGCAAGAGCUCCUCGGUACGAGCAUGUACGAGUACUAUCAUCACGAUGAUAUACCUCAUCUCGCGGAAUCUCACAAAGCUGCUCUUCAGGCCACUGAAUGCGUCACCACGCAGAUAUACAGGUUUAGAACCAAGGGUUCCAGCUUCGUGAACCUUCAAUCCGAAUGGAAAUCGUUCAGAAAUCCGUGGACCAAAGAUAUCGAGUACCUAAUAGCUAAAAAUUCUGUUACUUCCUGUGACCCUCGUUCGACCACAAAUAGCGGAAAUAGAUCUGAGGAUUCCAGCGUUCAGGGCAACUACGACUAUUUCACGCAAAGUAACGGUGAAUUAGAAAGAUUGAUCUCAAGCCACGUAGAGGUAAGUAAAAUCGGACGACAAAUAGCGGAAGAGGUUCUGGACCUUCAAAGACGCGGAGAGGAUUCUUCUUCCGGUAGCAGUCCUGUGCCAGGACCAGAACCUACUUUGUUAAAUACCGAGUCCCAGAUUACCACAACCGCAUCGCCAGAAAGAGUGCAGGAUGUGUCGCAAUCGGCGAGAGGUAGCAGCAACAGUAGCAGCAAUCCUACACCAACGUACAACCACAUUGCAAACAACUUGCAGCUGAACAGCAUCGCGAACGACCAAGGAACGUCACCUGAUGAAGACAUGAUGGAUAUGAUCGGUGGUACGACGAUAAACGAAUCACCAAACCCGGUUCCGUCGGAUGGCAACGACGAGGCAGCGAUGGCCGUGAUAAUGAGCCUUCUAGAGGCCGACGCAGGCUUAGGUGGCCCCGUGGACUUUUCCGGUUUACCCUGGCCGCUUCCAUAGUACAUUUUAAUCAUGACGAGAGCAGUGAACUUCAGUGCCUGGAGUGCGACUCGCGUUUACUUGUCCUAGUACCUAGAGAACUGUGUACACUGUACACAGCAUCAAGUGAGGACCAAGUUGAUAUUUCUCUUUACGUUGUGUUUGAGUACGUGAUCGAUGUCUUAUCAUACCUGUGUUUCCACGUUCUGGGAAUUCUGGUAAUCGAACAUUUCCAUAUGUUCUCCUCUCCAAUUUUUGUAAAUAAUUUGAGAACGUGUUUGGUGCUGAGACGGUGCUGUUUAAAGAAUGCGGUUAUUGUCGAGCGUUUAAUUUAAUAGACAUAUCAUUUCUGUGAUCAAGAACAGGAUAUCAAACGUACACGAACAGUUAAUCGAAUAAGUUUAAGUGAACUUUUGUCUUCAUUUCGUGUGAGAAUGAGACACAAAAACCGGUCCGGAGUUCGUGGCCAUAAUCUUCAAGCAAUCGUCGCGUCGUAAUCAGUUUCAUCGAGGGUGAUUCGUUGAUAAACUUAAAUGACCUUUGAAAAUAAAACAUAUUUUUUUAAUGUCACGUACAAGAUUAUUAAAAGGCUUUUCAGUAGACUGUAAUCGAAGGUAUGCUAUUUUUAAUUUUUCUACGCGAAUGGAUGCGACCUGAAUACUUUGAUAAAUUUACAUUUAUCGUAAUUCUAGUUGGCCUUGUUGAUUCAAACAAUUGUUUAGAGGUGCCAAUUUAGAAUAUUCGCUCAAGACCCUCGCGCGACAACAUCGGGUCUCCUACCUCAAGUUUUGCAUUUUACUUUAAUCUAUUGAUCUACUUCCGCCUAGUUUCAUCUUCGAUGAGAACAAUAUGCAGGUCGGUCUGAGUAGUAACACAAGCCACUUAAUUAUCUCGAAAAGCGUAAGUAUUAAGGAAAAACUAAUCGAAAAUUGCACGAUUCAGAAAUAAGUAUGGUAAACACCGAUUGUUUCAGCCGCUCAAAGCCAUCGUGAAUUGCCUACAGAUAUAUCUGUUGCUCCAUUUAUUGUAUCGUCAUACAAAUACGCAUACACUAUUACAAAGAAAGGACUUGACUUGCCCUCCUUAAAUAAUAUAAAUAAAUGAAUAAACAAAAAUCGAUAUAAAUAAAAUCAAAUAUUCGGUUGAAUUGCUAAGUCUAAUGAUAGACACUAAUAUUUGUUAAGUGAUCGGGUAUCUACACCUAGUGGUUGAAAUAUAGGAACAAGGACAUGUAUUCUAUCACUCUGCAGAAGCAGAUCGAAAUUCUCCUUGUUAAUCUCUUAAAGACAAAGAAACGUAGUCGUACAAUAAGAGAGCAGAUGCCACUGACGUUCCUGAUGUCGCUUGUAGACUGGUGAAAGGCCUUGAGCAACCAAAACAUCCAAUAAAUUUGAAGGUUUGAAAGCCUUCAUUGUAUAAAUCCUAUAAUGAUAAUAACACCAUCCCAUUUAAAGAAGUAAAGAUAAUAUUGGAACGUUUAACGUGCAGAAAUAUAAUUAUCGUAAUAAUAACAACCCCCCGUGAAUCGUGCAAGUUUCGUUGAAAAAAUGUCUAAAUAUAUUUUCGAAGAUAUUUAAGUGACUGGACCACCCUGCACAUACCCUGAGGUUUAUUUUAAAAAAUCGAUUAUAUGGAUAUUUAUAUGUAUAUAAAAUUCAUUGCACACUAUCCGUUUCGUAUGACGAAGACCUAAGCUAAUGCUGUACAUAUAUGUAUCUCAACCUUUUACACGGUUAUUAGUAUAAAUGUCUUGUCGUGCCACUCAAUACAAGUGAAAGUAACACCUUACGGUUGUCAACACACCGUGAGAAAUAUUAGUUCUGAAAGAUCUAAUGAUGAAAUGUCCAAAUUAAGCUCAUUGAAAUUUGAAUUACGACGAAUUCACUAUACUACCUAAUAGAGUGGUGGGCCAUAACAGUAUACUAAUAUGCGAGACACGUAUAGACAGACUCGUGCAUUCGUAUGUGUCAGCGGACUCUACCACUCCACUAAGUGGUAUGGUAAAGUCGUCGUAAUUCAAAUCUCAACCAACUUAGCCGUGGACAUUUCUGAUCUAACAAGGGAACAUAUCCAAUUGUCACACACCGAUUUUGAUAAAAUUGAUGUGGUAGGUAGUUCUCAAAAAAAAUAUUUGACACGUAUUUUUUUUAUCGGCAAUCGUUCAUAUUGAAGGGGUGAAAACAGCUCCUAAAGUUGCGGGUGAAUACAAUGUUUUUUUAAAUAUCUUGAAAAGUAGAGAAGCUAGGACAAAAUUUUUUUUUCAAAACGAUGCAUUUUUGAAUGGGUAAUUUACUCGUGCCAAAAGAAAUUGUUUAUUUAUUUAUUUAUUUGAAUAAUUUAUUUUUGAAAUCAAAUCGGCGUGUGACAAUUGGAUAUGUUCCCUCGUAAGGCUGGAUGCAUACUAUCGAUUUUCGCUCGCAUAAUGGUUUAAACGCUAUAGGUAUGAAUUCAAGAACAAAUGUAGUAUGAAACUUGAUCUUCAAGCUCCAACAUAGAAAAGAUGAUCAAGAAUUCCUUAUUUGAUGGUUUUCGAAUUUAAUUAUUAUUUUGUUUUAUAAUUAAUAGAUCUCAAAACUCAAAAUUAGCUCUGAAAAUGUUUAAUACGUUCGCCUAUUCGAUUUCUCAAAUAUUACUCACUCUACAAAGUAGAAAGUCGGUAAUAUGGAUCAUACAGGGAUUUAAAGAAGCUCUCUGGAGGUACUAGUUCCGCCAACUAAGAAAUGAGGAACUCAAAUGUUUCAAAUGCGCAAGGUAAAUGAGCAAAAGACAUUUACUACCACUACUACACGAUGCGUAGUCAUACUACACGAAAAUACAUAAAAGAACCUCAUCACAGGCAUCGUCAUUGAGUAGCUUGCAACGACAAAUAGUCUUUUGCGCAUUUGUCUUCCGCAUGUGCGGCACUUGGGUGACUUGUUUUCCCAUUAACGGUGGUAGUAGUUCCUAAAGACUUUGUCCCCUGUUAAUAUAUAGCCUGUAUGCUUCUUGGUGACAGAUUAAGGUUGCGUGUAAAUAUGUAUCUCUCAGAAUGCGUGAUAUGACGCUAAGCGUACCUAAUUAAAUUGUAAGAAACCAUGGUAAGUCGUUUUGGGAGUCGUGAAGAGUCACGAUGUUCGUUGCGACAUUCGUUGUUUUAAGUCAGUGGUUCUUAAUCGUUUUAAUCUCACGCAUAAUUUAAAAGAAGAUUCUUAAACUUUCGGCACAGUUUAGAAACAGUAGAACUUGAUGCAAUACACUAACAUUCGACAAAGGAAAUAACUUGGUCCAAAGUAAGCGUCAGUUUAAAUAUAAGUAUCUAUAUGUCAUCUUGAACAUCUAUGUCUAUUCAUAUGUCUAUAAACAUCUUCUUGAACGUAUUACAUUUAGGUCUUCUUCGGUAAAGCAUACUGAAAUGAAAUAUCAGUCUAAAAAAAAAAAAAGAAAUAUUAAAGAAGAAACGUUAGGGUCAAUAUCGCUAUAAAGGUCACUGAUAAAAUUUUAAAGAAUUUGGUAAUAAUAUUUUCAUAUGACAUCUAAUUGAUCUGUAUUCUUUAGUUUGAAUAUGAAUUAAUUUAUGAAUAUAUACACGAAGAAGAAAUAAUUUCUUUUCAAAAAAAUAAAAUUGAUCCAAUAAAAUGUUAAACUGAUGCUGGUUUCAGAUCUAAAUUUUACCUCUAUUGAAUUGUGAUAAUAAAAACUAUUAAAGUGGUUAAGAAUCACUGCUUUAAAAACUUAGGACCACGACAAGAAUCGGACGACGCGAUAUUAGAAUCGAGUGUAGUGACUAGAACACGAUCAAUGCCAUCAGCGUCUGCUGUGAUGAGUUGUUAGGUUACAAAUGCUAUAAGAUUACAAGAUGCUAGUACACUAAUUAGGGGUGUCUUGUGAUAACAUGAACGAAACCUUCGCGCCGUUUCACUUCCAAUACAAUUCUAAGAUUGAAGCAAAAUUGGCUAUCGAAUUAAACAUUUGCUCUGGUGAUUGAAAUCUUUACUUUUUGGAUUACAAUUAUCUCUGAUCAUCGUACAUUCUUGGAAUAUAAAUUUUUAGAGACUCUCGAAAUACACUCAAGGAACCAUGUAUCGAUGCAGAAUAUUUUAUUCUUAAAUAGAUGUAGAAUUCUUCUGUUUUUUGUUUAGCAUUUUUCAUCACGAAAAUAGAUUUUUAUUCAAGUAAGUAAUUUAUUCGUGUAUAUCUCGUUUCUGCGUACCCUUUUCAUUAUAUGUAUAAUCUUCUUGUCUCAGGUAAAUCUUGCCUCGGAUUUGUAUUUUUAUAAACUUUAUCACGUAAUUUUUUCACGCAACGAUACGUCCUAUUGUUUUCUACAUAUAGAUUUGUAAAAGAAUAUUUUUCCAAAUUACUCCAUUAUGCAGCUAAGUGAAUCGAUUUAAACAAAAAUUAAUUUACAUAUGUUACAUAAAAAUAAUGUACAUAAAGCGUGUAUAUGUAAAUAAAUAUAUAUUACCACACAA